UGGCGUAAAAAAAAUCUAUCAAUCAAAAAAGGCUUCCAUUUUGCUGGUAAAUGCGAAUUGCGGAGAAUUUACAAAAAAUAAAACAAAAUUGUGGAGUAAUACGUGAUUAUUUGGUAAAUUCUUGAAAUAAGCAGUAAAUAGUGAAAGAUGGCAGCCAGCGACUCCGGGACGGAUGAGUCACUAUAUCCAAUCGCGGUACUAAUCGACGAGCUGAAGAACGAGGAUGUCCAGCUAAGAUUGAUUUCUAUCAAGAAGCUGUCUACUAUUGCGCUGGCUCUAGGCGUCGAGAGGACCCGGUCAGAGCUCAUCCCAUUUUUGACGGAGACCAUCUACGAUGAAGACGAAGUUUUGCUCGCCCUCGCGGAACAACUCGGAAACUUCAUUAACCUGGUCGGUGGAGGAGAGUUUGCCCACUGCCUGCUCCCACCCCUGGAGUCUUUGGCCACAGUGGAGGAGACAGUGGUGAGGGACAAGGCUGUAGCCUCCCUGAGGGCGGUAGCUGCUCAUCACUCGCCGCAAGCUCUGGAGCAGCACUUUGUGCCACUGGUGCAGCGCCUGGCAGGCGGAGAUUGGUUCACUUCAAGGGCAUCAGCUUGUGGACUAUUUAGCGUAUGCUACCCGCGUGUGUCGGCGCCGGUGAAGGCGGAGCUGCGCGAGCACUUCCGCUCGCUGUGCCAGGACGACACGCCGAUGGUGCGCCGCGCCGCCGCCUUCAAGCUGGGCGAGUUCGCGCGCGUCGUCGAGGUCGAGUACGUGAAGAGCGACCUCAUACCCAUGUUCGUCAACUUGGCUCAGGACGAGCAAGACUCCGUGCGUCUGCUGGCGGCGGAGGCGUGCGCCGCGGUAGCUGCGUUACUGCCGCCCGAGGAUAUGGAGCAGCUGGUGAUGCCCACGGUGCGCGCGCGAGCUGGCGACACCUCCUGGCGGGUGCGCUACAUGGUCGCCGACAAGUUUGUGGAGCUACAGCAAGCUGUGGGUCCGGAGCUGGCGCGCUCCGACCUGGCGCAGAUCUUCCAAGCUCUGCUGAAGGACACGGAGGCCGAGGUCCGCGCCGCCGCCGCGGGGAAGGUGAAAGACUUCUGCAUGAACCUGGAUAAGGCGCACCAAGAGCACAUAAUCAUGAACAUGAUCCUGCCACAGAUCAAGGACCUCGUGUGUGACCCCAACCAACACGUAAAGUCAGCGCUUGCCUCCGUCAUAAUGGGCCUCAGCCCCAUUGUGGGCAGACAGAACACCAUCGAACACCUCCUGCCACUAUUCUUGACACAACUCAAAGACGAGUGCCCAGAAGUCCGUCUCAACAUAAUCUCAAACCUCGAAUGUGUGAACGAAGUCAUCGGAAUCCAGCAACUAGUUCAAUCUCUCCUCCCCGCCAUAGUCGAGUUAGCUGAAGACACAAAAUGGCGGGUCCGUCUCGCUAUAAUCGAACACAUGCCAUUAUUAGCCGGGCAAUUGGGACAGGAGUUCUUCGACGAGAAGCUCACAGGUCUCUGCAUGUCCUGGUUGAUCGACCAUGUCUACGCUAUCCGGGAAGCGGCUACUUUGAAUUUGAAGAAAUUAGUGGAACAAUAUGGCGCGCCGUGGGCAGAGACAAAUGUCAUACCAAAAGUAUUAGCGAUGUCCCGCGAACAGAAUUACCUGCACAGAAUGACAUAUUUGUUCUGCAUAAAUGUAUUGUCCGAAGUCUGUGGCAAGGACAUCACUACUAGAGUACUCUUGCCCACAGUAUUGUCUAUGGCCGAUGAUAAUGUUGCCAACGUUCGGUUCAAUGUUGCCAAAACUUUACAAAAGAUGGCGCCGUAUCUAGACCCCGCGGUCAUCCAGCCGCAAGUCAAACCUGUUUUGGAGAAGUUGAACGUAGAUCCAGAUGUUGAUGUCAAAUAUUUCGCUUCGGAAGCCAUCGCUGGCAUCGCCGGUUAAUUUUAAUUUUUUAUUAUAGUUGUUGUAUCUUAUAUUGUCUAGUUUGUAUUUAUAACUGAAAUUCAAAGAUUGUAAGCCAUACACCAACGGGAGGUAAAACUGUCAUUCCAGUGUAAAACAAUAGUGAAUCACUUCAGGCGGCAUUUAAAACGCACUAUAAAAUUGUAAACAAGUUUAAUAAACGUAAUAAUAAA